UCAUCGGAAGUGAGCAAGACCACGGAGGAUGAAUUUUUACCACCACCACCUCCUGAUCUGCUUGAAGCUUCCACCAAGCCAAAUGUAACAAUGAAAGAGCAGACUCCAAAAAUCCCACCCCCUCAACGUCAGACCUUUGUCAAGUUCCAUCAGCAACGGCAAAUUAAUGAACUGAAGAGGCUAUAUAAGCACAUGCACCCGGAGCUAAGGAAAAAUUUGCAGGAGGUGGUCACUGAGGAUUGGGCAGAAGUGCUGGAUGCUGAACGCGUGGCUGCAGCCUUAACAGCUGGUGUCCAUGGCAACAGUGAUGCUGCACUUCAAAGCGAGGUCCAGUCCAUGCGCUGGAUAUUUGAUAACUGGCCACUGGACACAAUUGGAGAUCACCAAGCUACCAAGAAGAUGAAGGAAGAGGAAGCCAUCCUCAGUGGAGAUGUGAGGAGCACAUCAUGGAAGUUUGAAAACCAAACAAUAGAUGCCAUCAGUUCCCAACACUCUGAAUUUUCUGUGAAUUCUGGUGUUGCCAAAGAGCAAACAAAGGGUGAUGUCCGCACUGCUUUGUGGCUGUUUGAAACUCAGCCAAUGGAUUCCCUGAAUAAAAUCUACUCCAAAGACAAUGAUCUACAAGAAGCAGUUCUGAAGGAACCAUUACAAAAAGGAGAUGUCAGAGGUACCAAGCUAUUAUUUGAAACUCAUCCAUUGUGUGACUUGGGACGGAGCAACUCAAUGGAAGAAAGCAGCUUAUUACAACUGCGUUCAGAAGUACAAGAGGUGAAAGGGGAUGUGAACAGAACCGUGAAGCUUUUUGAGACAGAGCCACUGUGUGCCAUUCGUGAUACUGCUGGCAAUAUCCACCAGAUCAAAUCUAUCUGCAGAGAAGAAAUCCAACAGAGUGGUAAUGUGCAAAGCACUCGGUGGCUAUUUGAAACACAGCCCCUCAGUAGCAUUAACAGAGAUUUCUCAAAGAUGAAAAUUAUUCGAGGCAUCUCCCUGGAAGGGACACAACAGGGAGGAAGUGUUGGCAAAACGCGAUGGCUCUUUGAAACACAGGCCUUGGACACCAUCAAAGAGCAGACUGAGGAGUCGGACAGUAAAGCCAGCGUUAGGGUGAUAGAAGGUGGAGAUGUAAAUCAGAAAUGCUGGCUUUUUGAAACUCAACCUCUUGACUCAUUAAAAGAAAGUCCACCCGAAGAGCUUGCUAAGGAACCAAUAAUUGGAGGAAAUGUGAACUCCACUCUUUGGUUGUUUGAGACUCAGCCAAUGGAAGUCCUGAAAGACAGCUUUGAAGUUGGACAAUUGAAAAGAGUUAUGACAGAAGAAGAAAAGGGAGAUGUGAAGCAUAAGACUCACGUGUUUGAAAGCUGCUCUAUAGACAGCAUCAACAAGGAGCAACAUGACACUUCUAAAAGCAGCGACACAUUGGAGAUACAGAAGGGAGAUGUCAAAGCUUACAAGUGUCUUUUUGAAACGCUUCCCCUCGAUUGCAUUAAAAAUUCAGAUGAAAUCUCAAUUGGGGAUCAUGUAGAAGUCUUGGCUGGAAAUGUAAAUGAGAACAGAGCUCUCUUUGAAACUGUCCCCCUUUAUGCUAUCAUGGAUGGCGCAGGCCACUGUCAUCAAGUCAAGACAGUAAGCCGAGAGCAAGUCAUUAGUGGAGAUGUCAAACACUAUAAGUGGAUGUUUGAAACCCGCCGCCUGGAUCAGUUUGAUGAAGGUACACAAAAUGUGGAAUUGGUUAAAGGCAUCACCAAAGAGGAGAUCCGAUCCAACAACAUGGAGACAACAAGGUGGCUAUUUGAAACACAGCCACUUGAUGUAAUCCACGCGAAUGUCAACAAAACAGAAAAUCAGACCUCUGAAAAAGAAGAUUUAGUGAAAGGUGAUGUGAGGACAUGUAGGUGGCUGUUUGAAACACAGCCAAUGGAUGCUUUGUAUGAAAAAGCUGAAGUUAAGCAAGAUUGUGAAACGCAACCGAAAGGUGAUGUCAAAUCAUGCACUUGGCUCUUUGAAACACAAGCACUGGACAGCAUCAAUGAGAAUGAAGAGCAACACCUAAAAAUCCACACCAUGCAGAUAGAUGAUGUUAAAGGGGUUGAUGUGAAGACUAAAAGAUAUCUGUUUGAAACAGAACAAUGUGGAAAUCUUGUUGGGGAAUUUAAUGCAGCUCAGAACAUGAGGUACACAAGCGAGGUGGACGUCCAGUCUGGGAAGGUGUCAAGAGUGAAAGAAAUUUAUCAGAGCACUUCACUCAGUGAAAUAGGCGACACGGAAGAGAAGAGAAAUAGCUUCACAUCCUCAGAAAUGGAUGGCACACAGCCAGAAUCAGGCUGUGUACACAAGUUCACUUGGCUCUUUGAAAACUGCCCAAUUAGCUCCAUUAAAGAAACGCCUGAAGAUGCAAUACCCAAGAGUACAAUCACUGACGUAAAGGGGGGCGAUGUUGGUGGCAAAAGGUUUGUUUUUGAGACGUAUUCACUGGACCAAAUAAAAGAGGACACUGAUAUGAAGGAGUUGCAUUCAACAGAGGAAGAAACUGUUGCCAAGGGUGAUGUGAAGUCAUGCACCAUGCUGUUUGAAACACAACCCCUCUAUGCACUUCGGGAUAAGGAAGGCCAGUAUCACGAAGUUACUACAGCAAAGAAAGAGGAGAUCAUGAAGGGUGAUGUAAGAGGAACCAGGUGGCUCUUUGAGACAAAACCAUUGGAUACCAUCAGGCCAGUGGAUGAGGUAUUUGUGAUCAGAGCAGUCACACAGGAAGAUGUGCACAAAGGAGAUGUGACAGCGGCCCGCUGGAAAUUUGAGACACAGCCUUUGGAUUCCAUCAGAGACGAGGCACAGCCGAGGAUAAAGGUAGUGGAUGAGGUCCAGGGAGGAGACGUCCAAGCAAACAAGCAGCUCUUCGAAGGGCAGCGAGCAAGCCAGAGAUAUGUGAGGAUGGUUAGUGUCCGUGAUGUUCAGAGUGGAGAUGUCAGGACGUCAACUUGGCUGUUUGAAAACAUGCCCAUUGACUGCUUGAAGGGAGAAACUGAAGAAACCACAAGUACAACGACAGUCCAACGAGAAGAUAUACAGAAGGGGGAUGUGAAGAGAUGUACUUGGCUGUUUGAGUCCCAACCAUUGGACAGCCUAAAAGAUUCAGACUUUUCAAUUGACAAAGAAACCAAGGAGGAAGUGGCUUGUGCAGACGUGAAGACCACAACAUGGUUGUUUGAAACAACGCCUUUAGACACAUUCAUUCUUUCACAAUGUAGCACAGAAAGUACCAAGAUGACAGAACAAAAUAUCCAUACAAGCUUGGAAACCCUCAUCAAUGCUGGAGCCAUCAAGUCAAGGGGACUUAUUAUUGAAUCAAGUGAGACAGGCAUUCUAAAAAUGGCCAAAUAUCAACUGAUGAGUCAGAAUGAUCCACAUAUUCUCAAAGAAGAGGUUAUAGGUGGAAACAUGCAGAGAAUUCUGAUGCAGCUACUUCAAAGGAAGGAAUCCCUUCAUUCUGAAGGUAUCAUGCUGAAGGAAGAUGAAAACGGAAGGAUUUCUCAAAGUAAGAUUCAGCUUUUUGGCCAGUCAGAAGUUAAUAUUAAUGAAAAGAUUGUUAAAGAAGAAAGCACUCGUACAAUUUCGAGCUUUUUAAUGGAAGACAGUAAAAUGAAACAAGGAAUUUUGAUUCAAGAAACUGACAAGGGAAUUGCUCAGAUUACUAUCUAUUCUCUCGUUAACUGGCCCCAAAUUGUGGAGGUUGAAAAUGGGACAAUCAAAGGAGACGUCAAGUCUACAAUUAAUAGUCUUCUUGCUUCAACUCAGCAGCAGACAACAUCAACAGUAAAACGUGAGAAAAAUGAAAGAGGAAAUGUACAGCUUUACACAACAUGCAUUGAAUCUGGGACACUGGACUAUCUCAAAGACUCGCAGGAGGAUUCUGACAAUCCUGAUGUUUCCUCUCAGGAAAAGGAGAUUGUACGUGGUGAUGUUGAAGGUGCCAUAAGAAACCUGACAGAGAGUAGAUGCCAAAUUGAAAAGACAGUUGCUGAUAUUGUGCCAGGAGAUGUUCAAGGAACCAAAAAAUACUUUUUAACAGAAGCACCGCGAGGGCAAGCUGUUACUCAGAAAGAUGGUGCAUUGGGUGCUGAUAUCAGUUAUGCUCAUCAGACCUUUGGGCAGGCUGCAAAUGCAGGAUUGAAAGAUGAAAUUGCACCUGGUGAUGUUAAAACCAAGAUGCAGUCACUGGAGAAUGUAAAACACCAAACAAAAAUCCCGGCUAUGGAAGAUGCUCCUUGUGGUAAUGUGAAGGACCUGCUGCAGGAGUCAAUAUGUGAUAAGAAAAAAGCAAGAAUAAGCAAGUGUACAGAACCCAGGUUUUGCUCACGAAGUGAAGCCUCCAUUACAGUUUCUAAGGUGGACGCAGUAAAUGCCACAGGUCGGGACCUUCAGACAGCAAUGGAGAACCUCAGAGAAGUUACUGCCGAAGCACAUAGCAUACAGCAGAAAUCUAGGGUGCAAGAACAUUUCCAGAGGAAAUCACAAAGUACAACAGAAACUCUGCAACAUUGUCACCAAGGCAAUCAAUUCAGGAAUACACUGGAGAAAGAGACAAAAAAGCACACUGAGAUCUCCACACAACAGCAAAGCAGUGCAGUAUCAAGACAUCAAGCAAGUACCCAAGUGACUGUCAAGCAGUACCAACAACCAAAGAGCCAACAGGAUAGUCUUCAGGUCAGUGCCUCUGUGGGAACGGAAGGACUUGUGUCGUUUGUGGCUUGCUCAAGUGAAAGUCAGAAAUGUGAACACUUAACUGACAUAGUUCAGAGCAGCAGAGAUCAGGAAAUAAUUGUCAAGGGAGACAUAAAGUCAACUAUAGAAGCUUUAAAGGAUUCAGUGACAGAGCAAAAAUCUGUUGAGAAAGAUGAGGUGGUCAGAGGUAAUUUGCAGGCAGCUCUUCAAUCCCUAGGAAAAGCUAAUAUGAACGUAUCCAAAGGCGAUUUUAAAGCCGCCAUGAUAUAUAGAACAGCGGGCCAGUCACGUUCACGUGACCAAAAGAAGAGUGGUGUUAGAACUGUUUGUAAUCAGAUUUCACUACCACAGUCUGAUGCUGAGUUUCCUUCUGCAGUUCCAGUGACACAGUCCACUGUACCGUCGAACAAAGCUUGUGGCCAUCUUCCUUUAAACCAGACAAGUCUACCUGCAGUGAGAAAUUCAGCUUCGUCGCAAUCUCCUCCACUACUUCCACUCAAGGUGAAGGAGCAAAACAUUGCAGAUCAACCAUCUAUUGCACCAAAGCCACCUUCAGUCCCACCAAGACACAUGCCAGUGCAGGGUAGGAAACCUGCUCUGCCUCCUAAGCCAGAACAUUUGCAAGCAAUCCAUGCUGUUCCAAGUCAAACCCCUCCAGCAAGGAACUAUGCAUCAGCCAUGUCCAAGUCCAACCCAUUACCUCCAGUUGUGUGCAGAUCACCUCCAGUAAAACCUACAAGGGCAUCACUUCCACCAGUAACUACCACUCCAUCAAAGUGUCAAGAAAUGGAGCCAGAAAGGCAACAUGAACAGCUUCAUUUGGAAGAAAAAUCCACCACAAUGGCUUCUUACACCAAGGUAAUGAAAACUCCUUUGCAGUUGGCAGAGGAGAAAUACAGGAAAGAAAAGGAAGAACAGAGCAAGUUAAAUGCAAUGGUAAUUCACCCAGUAUCAAAUAUACCAGCGCAAGAAAUGCAGCAGAGAGUAAGAAACUCCACUGGAAGUCUUGACUGCACCAACGUCUCCAUGACAAGAGAGCCAGAAGUGAUACCUAACCCACAGAGUGCUGCAGCGGAAGUCCAGCGGUUCACGCAGUCCUGUUCAAAAGAAAGCACAGCAAGCACUGAAAUGUUUCAGGGAAUGGAAUCUGCUGCCCGAACACUUGGUACCCAAAACAAGCCAAAUUUUACUCAAAUUGGCCUGCCGCACAGCCCAGAAAAGAAUCUGACAAUGACUGAGGAUAGAUCUAAUUUAUCAAAGAAAGGUAAAACUGUGUCACCAAAAACCUCAGCCAGGAUCAUUGCCCCACAGUGUCACCAACAAGCACAACUGAGUGCAAAGUCACAUCACCAACAGCCAGUCAAAGCUUCAUUUGAACUAUCAGAGAGUCAGACUGUCCAAUGUCAGGGGUGCUCCAACCAGCAUAGGUUUAGUAACCAAGCACUAGCUGCAAAUGACCAACAGGUGUUGUUGAACCAACAGCAGCACAGCCCAAGGCCAGAUGCAGUUGUCAUGCGCGAGGACCAACAACAAUGUGAAGAGACAGAGGAUGACCGCAGAAAAAGGUUAUCUGUUCACAAGGAGGAGAUAAUGAGAGGAAAUGUGAAGGCAGCAAUGGAGAUCUUUGAAAACCUAAAGAAACGAGAAGAAUUGCAGAAAAUAUUGACUAGAGUUAAAGAAUUUGAAGAGGAGACUUUUAAAGUUGAUGUGAAAGGUCUGAAGAGUUUAUUUGAGAAUGUGCCUGAGUGGGUGGUGCCUAAGAAUAAUGGGGUAAAGCAACUUAAAGCAAUUGGCAGCCAAAAGGAUGAGAUGCAGAAUCAGCCUAGGAUAGUCAAAGAUGAAGCAGAAAGUUUGUCUUCAGUGGAACUUGUGUUUGAAGAUCUUGAAAGGGCAAGUGCAGAGAUAACGUAUCUGAAAGAGCAGACAUUGGCAAAGUUACUACAUAUUGAGGAAUCUAUUAAGAAAGCCCUGUACUCAGUCUCCAACCUGAAAUCAGAGUCUGACAUUGCAGGGCUCUCUGGUUUAUUUGGAGAGUCACUGGGAGCUGCCACAAACUCCACUGCUCCUGGUAAUAUCAAGAAAAUCAGUUUGGCCUCCAGCAAAUCAAGCUCAGAGAAGACCAUGCAAUUGAAAGAAUAUCAUGCACACAAAGAACAGUUAGAAAAGUCACUGGAUCAAGCCAGGCCAUCGUUGGAUAGUCCACUUGUUUCCGCUCGCGUGGGCUCUCCAUCAUCUCCUUCCUACAUUUCCAUUGAAUCAGCAGUUAGAAAACCUGCAGGUCCUUUGAAAACAAAAACAUCUGCCUCAGAACUUGAGAUCGAGUCCUUUACACCCUCGCCUCAAAAUCAAGCUGUCUCACCCUGUUCUGCAAAAGUGACGACCGUUGAUGAUUGCAAUGGUUUCUUUCUUUGCAAUGGAUACAAAAGUGCCAGCAAACAAACCGAGUUACCAAAACAUCAUUCAGUGCCAAGAAAGGAAUUUGUACAAAAAGGUGCCAGCAAUGAGUUCAUUCAAACAAGCAGAAAGGAAAGCAAUAUUGUUAAAGGCAGUGACAAUGUGACCAACUCACCUACAGGUUGCAUCUCUUUGAGUGGAUUUAAAACCAACGUUGUUGAUAGAACUCAGAGCCCAGUGCCUCAGAGAAGCAAAAGUGUUGUGGAAUUCAAGACAGGCCCUGAUGAAGGUGAAAUAGUUGGUACAAAGACCAUCAUGGAAAAAUAUGAAGAAAUCGAUCGUUUUGGGAACAAAAUUAUCACGUCAAAAACCUCAACCACUGUCACAAAGCAGUCUGAGUCAACAACGUCAUCGACAUAUGAAGUAGUUCAAGCACUACCUAGGUAUGAUGUUGUUGCUUCGCCCCUUCUUAAUAGACAUCUGCAGAGUUAGACAAGGGCUGCUGAAGAUUCACGACCUAACAUCGAGGAAAAUGUAGGCUUGUUUCUUUCUAUUGAGAAUCCCAGUUCAGCAAAGAGAUUGAAGUGAUGCUGCAAUCCUUUAACAUACAACUACAACCAAUCUAAGAAACAGAUGGGGAGAAUAAAAUGCAUGUUGAAACUGAUAAAUGAACAAAAAUAAGCAUAUAGAUUGCAAGGUCAGCUUCUAUGAAGACAGGAUAACAUGCUCAUCUUUGGGCUGC